GAUAAGAGAAUCUUUGGUGGAAGUAGAUUUAAGAUCUAUCAUUGUUUAAUUCUAUAAUAUCUUGGCAGUUAAGAAUGCGAACCCUUUACUCUACGCAGCUGCAGACGACAGCGCUCUUUUGCGAAUCAGGGUAGCGAAGUUCUGUAGAGCUCUCCACUGAAUAAACUGUAAAAUGUCCACCUCCAAGGAAGUGACGUUUUCAACAUGGCGCCACUUUACAAUUUUUAGUAAACAAACAUGAAAGCGUCGCCUGUCUUGGAUUAAAAGUGAGGAAUUAACUUGAAACUUGUUUGAAGGCUUUGACAGAAAGUGUAACUUUUGUGCCGCUGCGUCUGGUCAGCACCCAUAUCCAGCGAGAUGAUCGAGAGCGUGCAGGCGCGGCACCGCGGGGCGUUCCAGUUUGAGGACCACUACGACAACCUGUGUGCCCUCCAGGACAGCGCCCCGCUCCCCGCCGUCAAGGCACACCUGGCACAGGGCGUCGUCGACCUCAAUGGGGACAGAAUCAGACUCAAUGACUGGAUGCCCAUCAUCAACACAGUGAGAAUCAACAAAAGUCUCCAGUUCAUCGCCGUACGGAGUUACUACCAGAUGCCCUCCGAGGAAACAGACG